AAAGUCAUUUUCCGUCGACCCAAAACACUUCUUCCCCAUUUCCAUCUCCCCCAUUUCCUCUCCCACAAAACCCCCAAAAAACAAAAUUCAAAAUCAAACCAAAUCCCUAAUCCCUUUCAAUCGUGUUUUACAUGCACGCUAAAUUACAAUAACCGCCAUGACCGGAACAACAACAACAUCACCGCCGCUACAAUCACCAACGAUCUCGCGUUCAAUAACACAAACGGUUAACGGUUCACACAAGUUCUUGAUCCAAGGCUAUUCAUUAGCGAAGGGAAUGGGAGUUGGAAAACACAUUGCUAGCGAUGUAUUUACCGUCGGAGGGUAUCAGUGGGCGAUCUACUUCUAUCCUGACGGAAAGAAUCCGGAAGAUAAUUCCGCUUAUGUAUCUGUUUUUAUUGCGUUAGCGAGUGAAGGUACCGAUGUUAGAGCGCUUUUUGAACUCACGCUUGUUGAUCAAAGUGGACAAGGGAAACAUAAGGUUCAUAGUCAUUUUGAUCGAUCUCUUGAGAGUGGUCCUUAUACUCUUAAGUAUAAGGGUAGCAUGUGGGGGUACAAGCGGUUUUUCAGACGGACUUUGCUUGAAAGCUCUGAUUUCCUCAAGAAUGACUGCUUGAAAAUCAACUGUACUGUUGGAGUCGUAAUUUCUGCUACUGAUUGUCCACAACUCAACUCUAUUCACGUCCCAGAAUCUGACAUUGGAUCGCACUUUGGCACACUAUUGGACAAUAUGGAAGGUUCAGAUGUUACUUUUGAUGUGGCUGGGGAGAAGUUUCCUGGUCAUAAGUUGGUGUUGGCUGCGAGAUCCCCAGAAUUUCGAUCUAAAUUUUUUAAUGCUAUGGAUACGGAGGACAAACAGGAGUUUGUUGUGACAGAUCUAGAACCAAAGGUUUUUAAGGCUAUGCUGCAUUUUAUCUACAGGGAUACCCUGACAGAAGAGGCGGAUGCGGUUUCAUCAACAACAUCUAGUGAAUUUCCAGUUUCUGAGACAUUGAUAGCAAAAUUGUUAGCUGCAGCAGACAAGUAUGGCUUGGAGAGGCUUAGACUGAUGUGCGAGUCUCGUCUUUGCAAGGAUAUUAGUGUGAAUUCUGUCACCCACAUUUUAACCUUGGCUGACCAUUGCCAUGCCACAGAGUUAAAAGCUGUUUGCCUAAAUUUUGCUGCUCAAAAUCUAGCAGCUGUCAUGAGGUCGGAUGGGUUUGAGUCUAUGAAAGAAAAAUGCCCAUGGCUACAGUCAGAGAUGUUGAAGACAAUUGCUGGCUGUGAGGGUGAUAGUUGCAGUACAGGGGACAAAUCUCAGAGUGUAUGGGCCCAACUCUCAGAUGGUGGUGAACAAAAUGGCAGGAGAGUCAGACAGAGACUUUGAUAUCCAUUGUCGCAUUGGUAUCUCUGAUUCUUUUGUAAAUGAAUGUGAUAAUGUCGAAAAAAUGGGGGAUAGAAAAGCCAAAGGAGAGGGAAAAUCCUUUUCUAGCCAACUUUUCCAUGUUCCAAUGGAAAGUUCUUUAGAAAAACAGGUAGACUAGACGCUAUGCAGGUUUAUGUAGAUGUCUCUGUUGUGUGUAUGUUUGGUUAGUGCAGAGUAGCUAUUGAAAAUGAGCUCAUCUGCAGUAUACUUUUGGAGAGGAUCCAAGUCCAUACAUAUUUUGCAACAGGAUGUCAUCGUUGCCAGACCUUAUGUCUCCAUCUGCUUUGUCCCAAAAUAUGUUGUUCAAACCUUCAUGUUUGUAGAACUAGGUUCAAUAGGAUGGCUGUUAUACCUUGUACAAAAUAUUCAUUUGGUAACAUUGUUUGUUUCAUUAAACCUCGUAAAAAGUGUUAAUGUUAGAUGGUCUAUCUUGAAUUGACUUUUA